AUGGAUUCUCUUGUAUUAUCCUCAGGCACUACAACCCCAAUCACAAGCACUGCCCAGUCAUUGAAGUCAUCAUAUCGACCAAGUACUCCUGCAACUGAUCAAGACCUUCUGUUUAGCCGUCUUCCCUCUCCCACCCGUACAACUCCAGAUGAGUACGUCCUCGUCGUUGGUGGCCUUGGCUACAUCGGCAGCCACACAACUUGGGAGCUCCUAAAAGAUGGAAGCAGUGUCGUUGUCAUCGACAACCUCAGCAAUGCUUUUGUUAAUGUUCUUGAUACACUCAACGACAUGACGGACCAACACUUCAGCCUCAGUCGUCGUCGCCGUCCAGACCUUCACUUCUACGAGGCUGACUUUCGAGACGAUGCCAAAAUCCAGGAGAUCUUGACCCUUUACUCCUCACCUUCUGGGUCCCAAAUCAAACGAGUUAUUCACUUUGCUGCAUACAAAUCUGUCUCGGAAAGUAUUGAACAGCCACUCAAGUACUAUGACAACAACGUCGGUGGGCUCAUCAAAUUCUGCAACACGUUGUCAACCUUCAACAUUAAGAACCUCAUCUUCUCGUCAUCAGCUACUGUGUAUGGUUCACUUUCAGAUGCAGGUGGUCGUUUAGUCGAAGAGUCUUGCACUCAUACUACAACGGAGUGGCGCGAUGCUAGUGGCCAGAAUCAAACAACUCUUUCCGGCUGCACGGGCCUCACGAAUCCAUAUGGGCGAACAAAAUGGAUCUGUGAAGCUAUGCUGUCUGAUUUAGCUGUGGCUGAUCCAGAAUGGACUAUCACUGCUUUACGGUAUUUCAACCCCAUUGGCUGUGAUGAAUCAGGCCGCUUGGGAGAAGAUCCCCGUGUUGCCCCAACCAACUUGAUGCCUGUCCUCCUCAAAGUCAUGCUUGGCGAGAUAGAUCAACUGGAAGUGUUCGGUACAGACUGGGACACCCGGGACGGAACUGCUAUUCGAGACUUCAUCCAUGUCUCUGAUCUUGCCAGGGGUCAUCUAGCCGCCCUUACCGUGAAGGACGGCCAAGGUUUCCAGACCUUCAAUAUUGGUACCGGAACUGGCCAGACGGUGUACGAGGUUGUUGAAGCUAUGGAGACUGCCUCAGGAAGAGCCAUUCCCGUGAUGAAAGUGGGACGCCGCCAAGGUGAUGUCGGAGCCUGUGUCGCUGAUCCUGGAAGAGCCAUGACCCAACUGGGAUGGAAGCCCCAGAAGACUUUACUUGACAGUUGCCGAGACCUGUGCAGAUUUCUGGAGGCAAAUGGGACCAGGAUAAGCCUGUAA